AUGAGCACCACUUUUCGUUGCUAUAAAAGCGAGGUGUUGUUUCCGGUUUGUAUACGAACGCGGAACUCGCAAAUGCUGCUCAAACUCUGUGUGGUGAUGCUCGUCGCGGUGCCGAUGGCCGCUGGAUGCGGUGGCGGCGGUGUCACCAAGAGGUGUCCGAGCACCGCAAUGAAGAUGUUCCAUCGGCCGAACGGCAAGACCGUUUGCCUUCAGGUCCUCACUACCACCUACGGCGAGCGUCCGAUCAAUGGGUCGGACGGAUUCUGCGCGUUGAAUAUCAACGGCUCGAGAACGUUUGGAAUCGAAACCGAAGACGAGUACAACUAUCUGAUCAGUCUGAUCGGCAACAUCCCAGCGGAUAGCCUUCCAUACUUCACCGCGGGACGACGGAACCAUGAAUGCCUCGGCACCAGCUGCCCUAUCGAGUCGGCCUUCCAUUGGACUGACGAAGAGACCGAAUCGAAUUAUGCGUUUGUCAACAAAUGGGAUCCAGCACAUCCAGUCAUUGCUGCCUACGAGCUAGUCGGUUUGGGACCCAAUGGGCUUGUCAGUGUUGGAGGGAGUGCGAUGGUUCGUGGAUCCGUUUGUGGCCUCGUUGUCGACUAA